CAAUAAAUCAGUUUCCGUUCCUACGUCACUUCCUUUUACGCUCUGACUCCGGCUUGCAUCAUUUCUCGUGUCUUGGGAACCGGGUGCAGAACAUACUGACACCAUGGUGGAGCCUGUCUCUGAGUCUGUCAACUUUCCCGCUGAGGAGGAGAAGGUCCUUAGAUUUUGGCAAGCUAAGGACUGCUUCCAGGAAUGCCUCAAACAGUCCAAGAACAGACCGAGGUACACCUUCUACGAUGGCCCUCCUUUUGCCACGGGUCUACCCCACUAUGGUCACAUCUUAGCCGGCACCAUUAAGGACAUUGUUACUCGCUUUGCUCACCAGAGUGGCUUCCAUGUGGACAGGCGCUUUGGCUGGGACUGUCAUGGGCUGCCUGUGGAGUAUGAGAUUGAUAAAACUUUGGGCAUCAAAGGACCUGAAGAUGUGGCUAAGAUGGGCAUUGCUGAAUACAAUAAGCAGUGCCGAAACAUUGUCAUGAGAUAUUCCAAUGAAUGGGAGAUUUCAGUGAAGCGAAUGGGCAGGUGGAUUGACUUCAGUAAUGAUUACAAGACUCUGUACCCGUGGUUCAUGGAGACUGUCUGGUGGGUGUUCAAACAGCUCUAUGACAAAGGGAUGGUUUACCGCGGUGUGAAAGUCAUGCCGUUCUCCACUGCCUGCAACACUCCCCUUUCCAACUUUGAAUCCCAUCAGAACUACAAGGAUGUUCAGGAUCCCUCUGUGAUCGUCAACUUCCCUUUGAUUGAGAAUGAGGAUGUUGCCUUGAUUGCCUGGACAACCACUCCCUGGACAUUGCCGAGCAACCUGGCGCUCUGUGUCAACCCGGAGUUCUUGUAUGUUAAGGUCAAAGAUAACACCACAGACAAAACCUACAUUAUGAUGGAGGCCAGGCUGGGAGCGCUUUUUAAAUCAGAGAGCGAAUACUGUCUUCUGGACAAAUUUCCUGGCAAGAUCUUAAAAGGGCAAAAAUACAAGCCCCUUUUUCAGUACUUCUCCAAGUGUGGGGAGAAAGGAGCAUUUCAGGUUGUGACAGAUAAUUACGUCAAGGAGGAAGAGGGCACAGGAGUAGUCCACCAGGCACCUUACUUUGGAGCUGAUGAUUACAGGGUGUGCAGUGAAUACAACAUCAUCCAGAGGGACCAGGCUCCUAUCUGCCCUGUGGAUGCCUCAGGCUGCUUCACGUCAGAGGUCACUGACUUUGCAGGACAGUAUGUCAAAGAUGCUGACAAGAACAUCAUCAAGUGGCUAAAGGAAAAGGGUCGCCUGGUCAAUGCAAGCAGUUUUAAACACAGUUACCCAUUCUGCUGGAGAUCGGACACACCCCUGAUCUACAAAGCCGUCCCCAGCUGGUUUGUUCGGGUGGAGCACAUGGUGGAGAAACUGCUGGACUGCAAUGGAAAGUGCUACUGGGUUCCUGAGUUUGUGCGUGAGAAGCGUUUUGGAAACUGGCUACGAGACGCACGCGACUGGGCAAUUUCAAGGAACCGUUACUGGGGAACACCGAUCCCUCUUUGGGUCAGCGACGAUUUUCAGGAGGUGGUGUGUGUGGGGUCCAUAGCUGAACUGGAGGAGCUGACUGGAGUCAAAAUAACCGAUCUGCAUCGGGAAAACAUUGACAGCCUGACAAUACCAUCACGAUGUGGUAAGGGCGUGCUGCGCAGGGUCACAGAAGUGUUUGACUGCUGGUUUGAGAGCGGCAGCAUGCCUUAUGCCCAGGUUCACUACCCAUUCGAGAACAAGAAGGAGUUUGAGGACACGUUCCCAGCAGACUUCAUCGCUGAAGGCAUUGACCAGACCAGAGGAUGGUUCUACACCCUGUUGGUCCUUUCCACAGCGCUGUUUGGAAAACCACCCUUCAAGAAUGUCAUUGUUAACGGACUUGUGCUCGCUAGCGAUGGACAGAAGAUGAGCAAGCGUAAGAAGAACUACCCAGAUCCAGGACUGAUUGUGCAGAACUAUGGAGCGGAUGCCCUCAGACUGUACCUCAUCAACUCACCUGUAGUGAGAGCUGAGAACCUGCGUUUUAAAGAGGAAGGCGUGCGAGACGUGUUGAAGGACGUCUUCUUGCCGUGGUACAACGCCUAUCGAUUCCUGGUGCAGAACGUACACAGGUUACAGAUGGAGGAUGGGAUUCAGUUCCUGUACAAUGAAAACACAGUAAAGCAGAGCGACAACAUCAUGGAUAAGUGGAUUCAGUCCUUCACGCAAUCCCUCAUCCAGUUCUUCAAGGCUGAGAUGGAUGCUUACCGCCUUUACACUGUCGUUCCUCGCCUGGUCAAAUUUGUGGACAUGCUCACCAACUGGUAUGUCAGGACCAACCGACGCCGCCUGAAGGGCGAAAGUGGCACUGAGGACUGCCUGUGGGCGCUGGAAACCCUCUUCAGUGUUCUGUUCUCCAUGUGCAGGCUGAUGGCCCCCCUCACACCCUUCAUUACAGAAAUGAUGUACCAGAAUCUGCGGAACCUAAUUGACCCUGCCUCUGUUGAGGAGAAGGACAACAGCAGCAUCCACUAUCUCAUGCUGCCUCAAGUCAGGGAAAGCUUGAUUGACAAGCGUAUUGAGAGUGCUGUGUCUCAGAUGCAGUCAGUGAUUGAGCUGGGCAGAGUAAUUCGAGACAGGAAGACCCUGCCUGUUAAGUAUCCUUUGAAAGAGGUGGUGGUUAUUCACCAGGACCCAGAAGCCCUGAAAGACAUCCAGUCCCUGCAGAAAUACAUCCUAGAGGAACUUAAUGUGCGACAGUUGACACUUUCAACAGACAAAGACAAGUAUGGAAUCCGGCUGAGAGCUGAGCCAGACCACAUGGUGUUGGGCAAGAGAUUAAAGGGGGCCUUCAAAGCUGUCACUGCUUCUAUCAAGGAGCUCACCAGCGAACAGCUAGAGACCUUCCAGAAAACAGGAUCCAUCGUUGUGGAUGGCCAUGAGCUACAUGAGGAAGACCUGAGGCUGAUGUACACCUUCGAUCAAAGCUCUGGCUCUGCUGCACAGUACGAAGCCCACUCUGACGCACAGGUCCUUGUGCUGUUGGAUGUCACCCCAGACCAGUCCAUGGUGGAUGAAGGAGUUGCCAGAGAGGUCAUCAACCGCAUUCAGAAACUACGCAAGAAGGGACAUUUGGUGCCAUCAGAUGAGAUCACCGUGUACUACCGCUGCCAGCCAGAGGUGGAUUACUUGGCCACUGUGAUCCAGGCUCACACUGACUUCAUUCUGGCCACCAUCAAGGCUCCACUUCUGCCCUUCCCUGCCCCAAAGUCCUCCAGCAUCAUCAUAGAGGAAAAGACUCAGCUAAAGGGCUCAGACUUGGAACUGACUAUAGUGAAGGGAUCUUCAGCCUCUCAAGCUCCGCUCAAUGGACCAGCUUGCACAUAUAUAAACCUCAGGGUCAAAGUUGGCAGCAAAGAACAAGAGGGGGUAGUGCUGUUGGAGAAUCCCAAAGGGGAUAACGUACUCGACUUGGACAAACUGAGGAGAGUGUGCCGCAGCAUUUUUGGAACCAAUAACACCCAGCUCCGAUUCUUCAAUGGUAGUGCUGAGUUGACCAGCAAAACGGACCUUCAGGCUCUAAGUGGUAAAACUUUGUCCGUGACCUCAGGCCCCUCCUCUUCUGGCCCCGCCCCCAGCUCUGACACCCUGCUGUGUCCCUAUGUGAACCUGCUACUGUGUAAUGCACAACCAGCUGAGUGCCAGGUUGGAGAGGUGGGCACCCUCCUGCUGAUGAAUCCAGUGGGCCAGAAUGUCAUCCACUAUUCAGGCCUCCUCUCUGAGACUGCCAAGGUUUUUGGCCUCCGCAGCAGACGACUCAAACUCUACCUGGACCAGGACCUUACUCAAGAACUGCCAGCUGAUUCAUCAGUAAAAUCCCUCAACACCAAAACUCUGUUUGUGAGAGUUCUUCCGACCACCGCUGAAGCUUAAAUCCACAGUUGUUGUCUUUGGACCGUUUGUGUUAGAUGUGACCCCCUCCGCAAAUCUUUCUACCACCUAAAUGUCCCACUGAUGCACAGUGAAUGUGUGGAAAAAAGUAUCAAAUAGAAAUCCUGACAUAGACUAUAACUGAUGAUCCGUAAAGUAUCUCAUGCACGAGAACUUCAGACACAAAGUGUCCCAUUUUUCCCUGGACGUCUUGAGAUUUUAUGUUUAAAGCGGUCCAACAUUUGCUUUAAUUCAUUUAAUCUAACUAUCUUUCUCCCUCCGUGUUGCCUCCAGGACCAUCAAACAUCUUCUUUCUCUUAAUUUUGUUACCAGCUGUGACUGUUGAUGACAGAUAUACUGUUUCUGUUGGGGCAGCAGGUUACAGGCUUCAUUCAAAAACCCAUCCUCUGGACUGAAUUGUUUUUUUUUUUUUCUUUCCCCUUCAUAUUAUCCAGUGAGUAGAUUUAUUGAAUGGGCAUUUGGAAGUUAGGAUUCAUCUGGUCUAAGGACAGAAGCACAUAAACUGCUCAGAAAGACGCUGCAAAGGUUAAUUUAUUUCACAUCCGAAUAGUUUUUCAGUAACUCCUGGAAAUAAAGUUUCCAGAAAAUGGUCUAACUCGAUUAACUGUUACUGUUACCAAUGGAUAAUUCUCUUUAUUAUGAUAAUGAUGUAGGUUACUUCACUUCAUGGCUUAUUUUCACUGUGCUCAGUCCACAGUAAUUAUGUUUUGGCACAUAAUUGCAAAAAGAAUUUGUGCUAUUGUGCUUCUACACCAUUGAGAAUUUAACAGAAAGACCUAUUGUGUUCAUUGCACUAGGGAUUUUUAGACAAUGGAAGAGGCAUUAAAAGGUGAAAUGGAUUUUUGGGCUGCUGUACCGUUGGGACACAAAGAGGUUCUGUCAUAAAAAGAGCAACAGAUGGAUAAUGUACUAUUUUAAGUGACAAGCUGAAUAAAUCAAAAGUGACUGUU